UACAUACAAUAAAAUAAAUACGUGUAAAAGGCGGGAAGAAACGUCACAUAAAGUUGUGUCAUAAAAGCAUCUUAGUUAUUUAAUUAAAUUUUAUAUAUUUUGAUCGAUUAUUAUUAGAUAACACAAUGGCUGAUGAAUUCCCAGAUCCAGAUGAAGAAUUUGAUUUUAUCGCUAAAGAGGAUUAUGAGGUUAUGAAAGAACUGGAAAGUGAAUCACUUGACAGAAUAGAAUUGUCGCAGGCUGGGCCUAGUAAAGUAUCUCAGACAGCAAAUAGUAACAAACGUCAAGCAAAUGUUGAAAGCUCUAAUAUUGAUAAAGUUAUUGACAAUAGUACAUUUAAUAGUAAUAAAAAACGCAAUUAUGAAGAGCUUUAUAGCAAUAGUACACCUAACAAUAGUAAAAAACGUAGUUAUGAAGAAUUGUUUGGGGACAUCUCUGACUUCUUGGAAAAAGAUAUCUCUACGAUAGAUAAUGUUGAUUGUAUUGAGGAACCACGAGAAAAAAAACUUCGUUGGGAUCAGCCAGAAAAGGUCAUUAAAAAAAUAUUGGAGGCAAGACAGUUAAUUUAUGAACACAGUGAAGGUACAUCAACAAACAUAAAGCACAAUGAAAAUACUCAAUACAGCAAGAAAGAUUCCAUUUCGUUACGAGUUCCACCAUGGAAUUUUGUGGCUGUUACAAGAUCGUAUGAUUCUCAACGCCUGUUCAUUAGAGUUAGAAACACGCUGAACAACAUUAAAGAAUCCAAAAAGCCAUUUUCCAAUCUGCUCUCCACACCUUACAGGCAAUUAAAAUCUCAAGCUGAAGAAAUUAUGACAAAAAAGAUGCUAUUAUCGGAGCAGGCAGCGCCCAAUGUAUGUAAUACGGAGAAUGUAAUUAACGAUGAACUAUGGGUUGAUAAAUAUCGACCACGAUCGUAUUUAGAAUUAUUAUCAGACGAAACCGUUAAUCGACAACUCUUACAUUGGCUGAAGCUUUGGGAUAAGAUAGUUUUUAAUCGAAAUAUAAAACUGACAAAGCAGCUGCCUGAAAAAAGAAAGAAGAAAAAGGAUAAUAACAAAGAAGAUAUUGAAGAAGUGGAUAGCAAAGGAUGUCCAAUGAAAAGGAUAGCUUUGCUUAGUGGACCACCUGGAUUGGGAAAAACGACCUUGGCACAUAUAGCAGCUACGCAUGCUGGUUAUAAUGUUGUGGAAAUCAACGCGAGUGAUGAAAGAAGUCCAAACACAUUUAGACAGAUCCUUCUUGCAUCAACGGAAAUGAAAGCCGUAAUAGGCGCCAAUCCUCGACCAAAUUGUUUAAUUUUCGACGAGAUUGACGGUGCACCGGCUGCAUCUAUUGAGCUUCUGUUAAAAUUCGUUCAAGGCAAACUAGUAUCGAAAACUAAAAAGGGAAAGGGACAGACAGAAAAGAUGUCUGAUAGCUGUAAACGUCCUGUAGUGUGCAUUUGUAAUGAGCCAUAUGCUCCAACGUUAAGAACGUUAAGAGCUGCCGCUGUAAUAAUCCCAGUGCCAGAAGUAAGUCCUUUAAGAUUAGCUGAACGUUUAAUGGACAUAGCGAGAAAGGAAAAGUUAAACGUGGACUUCAGCGAUCUUGUGAAAAUAGCGGAGAGAUCCAGCUGUGACGUUCGGGCUUGCGUAGGAGCAUUACAAUACAUGGGAAGCGCCAAUUUAAAAGAUAACUUAUCUUUAGGCUUGAAGGAUACUCGUAAAAAUUUGUUCGAUUCGUGGAGAAAUAUUUUAACAAUUCCCAUGAACAAAGGAGGAGUUGUCACUGUUCCUGAAAGAAUCGGAAAUAUUCUGAGAACAGUACAAAAUGGUGAAACGGAAAAGCUGACACAAGGAAUAUUUCAUAAUUAUCCUGAAAUCUGUGAUCGAAAACUCGAUAAUGUGUCUAUAUCUCUGGAGUGGUUUCAGUUUUACGAUUUAAUAACGUCGCUUGUUAUGCACAAACAAAUCUGGUCACUUAUGCCCUACACGAAUUAUGGAUUUAUUGCGUGGCACUUGCAUCUUGCACGAACACAGAGAGUGAAACUGUCUUAUCCUACUGUUACCAGCGAAGUAAUGCAAAAAUCGGCAAAGAAUACAGGUAUUUUAACGGCGAUACGAAGAGUGUGCGGACGUGAUGCUUUCACUUUAACUAUGGAUAUUGCUAGUUUCUUGCCGGACCUCCUGUCGCCCAAAUUGCGCACAGUUCCUUCUCAUUUAUACUCAUCGAAAGAGAAGGCUGAUCUCGCUAGAAUAGUGAAUGUGAUGCUUGAAUUUGGUUUAUCGUUCGUGCAAGAGAAGAAUUCUCAAGGGGGAUACAUCUACAAUUUAGAUCCUAAUAUCUUUGAAGUUGGUGUUUUUCCCGACUGCAACGCGCAUCGACAUCUCGCAUACGCGGUGCAGCAAAUUAUUACACAGGAAUUAGAGGUCGAGCGUUUAAAGCGUGCGAGUAUCUCAACAGGAUUGAGUCGAGCUAGCUCAGAGAACACGACAAAUUCAAGAAAACCUGAAACUGCAGAAAAUAUCCAAAAUAAACCAUCCAAUACUCCGAAUAACGCGAAACAAUCUGGGAAAAAGAUGUCGUUAAAGGAAAUAAUAUACAAAGACUUUUUCGGGAAUAUUAUUACAAAUGAAAACAAAAAUGUUUCAAAGGAUAAAAUGGCAAAUCGUAUCUCUCCGAAAUCACAAAAAGGAUAUUCAGUGAUACAAAAUAUGUUGACAAAACACGGUGUGUGGUAUAAAUAUAAAGAAGGUUGCAACAACGCCGUUCGUCGAACUGUAUUAAUGGAAAAAUUCUUAUAAAUAGAAUUAAUUUGAUUACAGCA